GUCAGGGCUGUUCUUUCCCUUUGUCUCGGCAGGAGAGAGGGAGCAAAACGGGGAGAGAGAGGGUCUCUGGUUCCUGAACAAGCGUUAGGCAUCAGAGGGCGGCUUGGAAGGAAACUCAAUUUAUACUAUAAUUGAAGGGCAACCUGUUAUUCUCCACCUAUCUUUCUAUCGUUGUUAUAAAAAGUAUUUAAAUAUUUUGGAGAGUUUGUUUUCUGUCCUAAGCCUAAGCGCUCUUGUGGAGGUCGUAACUGGUGAAGGUUACUCUGUGAUUCUCUGGGUGCUUGGUCGUUCCUAACUCAGACCAUGCGUUCUCUGUGGCUGGUUCUGAUCAUGUGCCUGUCCCUGUCCCUGGCGCCCCUCGUCCAGACCGAGAAGGGCCUGGAGUUCCCUCGCUAUGACGGGAACGACAGGGUCAUCAACAUCAAUGACAAGAACUACAAGAAGUCUAUGAAGAAGUACAGCAUUCUCUGUCUGCUGUACCACAAACCCAUCCCUGACGGCAAGGAGCUGCAGAAACAACACCAGAUGACUGAGAUGGUGCUGGAGCUUGCUGCCCAGGUUAUGGAGGAAAAGGAGAUUGGGUUUGGAAUGGUUGACUCCCACGAAGACGUCAAGGUUGCCAAGAAGCUGGGCCUGGUGGAAGAGGGAAGUGUGUACGUGUUCAAGGGAGACCGUAUGAUUGAGUUUGAUGGCCUGCUCUCUGCAGACACCCUGGUGGAGUUCCUACUAGACCUGUUGCAGGAGCCCGUGGAGGUGAUAGGAAAUACUCUGGAGCUGAGGGCCUUCGACAGGAUGGAGGAAGACAUCCGCCUUAUUGGCUACUUCAAAAACGACGAUUCAGAAUACUACCAUGCAUUCAAGGAGGCUGCAGAGCAGUUCCAGCCCUACAUCAGAUUCUUCGCUACCUUUGAGAAAUCUGUGGCCAAGGAGCUGACCCUGAAGAUGAACGAGGUGGAUUUCUACGAGCCCUUCAUGGAGGAGCCUGUCACUGUCCCUGACAGGCCUAACUCUGAGGAGGAGAUCGUGGCCUUCGUCACUGAACACAGGAGACCAACACUGAGAAAACUGCGUGCUGAGGACAUGUUUGAGACCUGGGAGGACGAUUUGGAGGGGAUCCAUGUGGUGGCCUUCGCAGAGGAGGAGGACCCUGAUGGUUAUGAGUUCCUGGAGCUGUUGAAGGAGGUGGCCAGAGACAAUACCCACCACCCUGGUCUCAGCAUCAUCUGGAUCGACCCUGAUGACUUCCCCCUGCUGAUCCCCUACUGGGAGAAGACCUUCCACGUGGACCUGUUCAAGCCUCAGAUCGGAGUGGUCAACGUUACUGAUGCUGACAGCAUCUGGCUGGAGAUAGACGAACAGGACCUGCCCACAGCCCAGGAGCUGGAGGAUUGGAUAGAGGACGUCCUGUCUGGCAAGGUCAACACCGAGGAUGAUGAUGAUGAUGAUGACAACGAUGAUGAUGACGAAGAUGACGAAGACGAUAACGAUGAUGAUGAUGAUGAUGAUGAUGAAGAUGACGAAGAUGAUAUCGAUGAUGACGAUGAAGAUGAUAACGAUGAUGACGACGACGAAGAUGAUGACGAUGAUGAAUAAUUAAAAAACUACAAAUUUGUAAUCCAAAAAUUCAUAAAAUUGUUGUAUAGUCUCUUCACUGUACUAUCAUCAAAGUGAAUGAGUUCAGGGAGAGAGGAAUAGAUCUAUAUGCUUUUAUAAAAUAUUUUGUACAAUGUGUACAUCACUAGCCAAAAUCAACCUUUCUGCAUUAGAAGAAAACCCAAUCAACAGAUUUGGUUUUUCAAGAAUCUGAUAAAAAUACUGUUGAUAAACUGAAAUCUAUCUGAAAGAGAGAAGUAACAAUAUGUUGACCAACAGAGAUACUUCAGAAAACCCCAAAAAGUACUUUCCAUCCUUCCCUUAAUUCUACUAAUUUAUAACAAUGACUGGCAACCACGACAAAUACAUCAAUCUAACUUUAGUUUGAUCAAUGAAGUGCUGCUGUACACCAUCCUAAACCUCACUGAAGUCACUGAAAAGGUUGGCAUCUUUGUGUGCUUUUCUGUGCCCUCUAUAAUAUACUCUGUGUGUAGAUAAUUGCAUUUUAGGUUCUACUUCCUGGAUUCAGUGCAAAUACACACCUGUCUCUGCCUUUCCCAGGGGCUAGAUCUUUGUUAUUACUAUUGACACUUUCCAAUUUCCAUAACACUUUCUCUCCCUUCAUCUCUUCCUCCUCUGCAUCUCUGUAUUCAUGUGUGUUUGAGUAUGCAACAGCUGCAAAGUGAGAUAAUAUCAGCAUUACACACCCAGAUGGGAGAGGAAAGCCUAUUUAAAUGCAAAUUCCUCAAGUCUAAAUUUCUCUAAUUUAUUCUCUCUCCAUGUUUCGUUCUCUUCAUCUUUCCCUCCUUGACUCAUUGCUCGUUCUCGCCCUCCUUCCGUGGGCUAUUAGAAGAGGAGAUGUGUAGUGGCAGGAGAGAGUUCUCAGUGUUCUGUAGGACCAGGGCACAGUAGGGGGAAGGGGGCUUCAGAUAUUAACUCAAUGUCUAUACUCAACCUUCAUAUUACAACCACUAACUCUCUCGCUCUCUCUCCACCUUCUCACAUACUGUAUAGUACACAAGACAAAGACACUGCAGCACACACACGCACACACACUUGGGUUCCAAAAAUAAGUCAUACAGUAUGAGAAUAUGUUGAAAAUGUUCAUACAAAUAUUUAUUUUACAAAUGUGAAUCUUGAUACAGUUUUUCUAAUUCCAUAUCUGUGAUCUUAAAGCAAAAACCUAAGACUGAAUUUGUCAGUAUGAAAUCUAGGGUGGCUGGCGCGCACACACACACACACACACACACACACACACACACACACACACACACACACACACACACACACACACACACACACACACACACACACACACACACACACACACACACACUCUAUUGGACGAAAAUGAUUGCAUACAAUAACACAAACAAGUUGAGCAUACAUCAUAUGUGUUUCAAAACACAGGCACCUUUGUAGUGAAGGAGACAUAACAGGAGACAAAGGCCCCAUUCGAAUAUUUCCUUUCUCCCUUCCUUGAAGUAGUUACAUAUCUGAAUUGGUUGUAUGAGGGAAAGCAUUGGUAGGCAAUCUUGCUUUGAUCUAUCCAACACUUAUGACUUGAGAUUACCUCAAGAAAACAAGGAAUAAAGGAUGAAUUCGAACAGUAUUCAAACAAAAUUCACAACCAUGAUUUCAACACUAUAAAAUCCUCAACAUUUAACUUUUUAGUGACAACAAUGAUAAUACAAUUGCUAACAAUUGAAUUAUCAUAGUCUUGAAAAAUAAGCACAUGUAAUAGGGAAGAUUUGGAUAAAAACAAUUCAAUGUAAAAAUAAAUACUAUCUACAGAUUAGUAUAAAAAUCCCAUAGCAGUGGUAGUACUACUAGUUGUGGCUAGAUGGCACUACAGCUUCUGUUGUGAAUGUAGAGAUACCUCACUAUGAGGAGACUGUUGUCUGCACAUCAAUACUGAGGAAUAUACCGUGUCCAAUAUCCAAAUGUUUAAAAAAAAGACAAUUGAAAUGUAUCACCUGGGCCUAUUGGAAUCAGUUCCAGGACAUGUAAAUAUGUGCAUGCAGUCCUGGAGAUAGACAAGCAUUUCACGACACCCGCUAUAACAUCUUCUAAAUAUGUGUAUGUGACCAAUAAAAAAUGGGAUAUUGA